UUGAUUUUAAAAUCAAGCAAUAAACUGGAGUUAAAUAUAUAAACAGUGGCAAGAAAGCAGCAAAAUCAUCAGUUAUUAAAUUGGUUCAAACUAGUUAACAACAUGGUUUCGCUUUCUAACUUCCUAAUUGCUACUGCACUCUUUACUGCUGUUUUGGGUCAAAGCUAUCCCGCCAAUUUAAAAGCAAGCAAUGGCACCGAUGACUACUUCAAAAUCGCCCAAGCCGAACUUCUUGUCAAGAUUAAAAUUUCUGAAUUGGAAAACGAUGCUCUUGAUGCCCGAUUCUUAGAUCGAUUGGCUGUCAUCGAACAACAGCAACUUCAAGUUUUGAACGAAACUCAACAAGUAAAUCAGACAUUAAUUCCAUUGCAAGCAUUGAAUUUUGCGCGGAAAAUUUGCAUUCAAACAUAUGAUUCGCAGUUCAUAACUUACGAAAGUGGAAAGGAGCAAUUCGGGGCGUGCUUGAAAAGAGCCGAGAAUGCCGGUUACAGUUUGACAGCUAGUGCCAGAUCACAAACGAAGGCAGCUAGAAGCUUUGCCACAUUCACACUCCCCUACAACCUCAAAAACUACUGCACCGGAAAAAGCUACAAUUAUAAUCAAACAAAAAUUGAAGACUGCUAUAUCAGAUAUGUUUCAGUAGCUACACAAACGGUUCAAGAUAACUUACAAAGAGCUGAAGUUUUUCGCCAGCAGAGUAUUUUCGAAAUGAACGCUAUUUCAAUGACAGCUGUGCAGUGCUCCUAUAAGAUCGAAAAGGUUGUUCUGCAAACGUCGACAGCAACUUUAAAGAAAAUUGAUGAUUGCGUCGAUAGCUUACAAAAGAAGACAUCAAUUGCUGUAGAUACAAAAGCCUUGAAAGAAAAAAACAAUUUUAAUUUAAAUACGAUCUUUGCUUCUAAAAAAAGGAACAACCUGAACUAAAAUAGUCAAGUUAUUUUUCUUAUGACAUAAACGAAAAGAAAUUGUUAUUUAUUUAUAAAGGCUUUAGAACUUGUUUUUUUAAUGAUAUAAUAAAAAGUAUAAAAUUUAAUAACU